AUGCUGCAUCUUCUCUUUACAGACUUCAAAGAAAAAAUAUACAAAGUAAAAUUUCCUCUUGACCACUCGUUUGAGACGCCUGUGGAGCGCAGACAAGCGGCUGAGGCCGCACGCAAGGUUCGGGUUUUUAAUGUAAGGCAACGUGUAAUGGGCCUUGACCUGGAUGCGCUCAACCAACAGACACAGGAGAAAAAGCACCGUGAAAAAAUGGAACGAGAAAGGGACAAAGUUUAUGAUGAACUGCGACUGAAGCAUGAUGAAAAGCUAAUUCAGAAAGACAGAGAGGAAAGAAAAUUGCGUGAAGCUUUGCACACUGAUCUGACUCAGUACUGGAGCAUCCAGCAGCGUGUGGAGGACUCGCGCGAUGCCGAUCUCAAGUGCAGUCUGAGGGGGGCAUUCAGCAUCAACCUUACAGAGCCUGAGCUGGGGCCUUCCAGCAUGCAGAUCUUUCAGGGCGAAGAUAUUGGAGAGGCACAGCGAAAGAGAGAACAAAUGAAACAAACAGAAGGGGAUUUGUUGGCACAAAUGGAACAAAAUGAAAGAAGGUGCAUGAAGGAGAAGCACAGAGAGAUGUUGGCAGAGAAAGAGCUGUUGCAGCAGGACAUCAGAUGGAAACAGCGACACCAAGCUGAGGAGGAAAGCAAAAAAGCUGCCCGAGUAGCUCUCGACCACUACAAUCAAGCUCUGGCUACAGAGCAGACUGAAACACGGAAGGAGGCACAUGGGGAUGAGGAGAGGGAGACUCUAGCUGAGAAAUGGCACAUAUUGACAUCGGCCAUGAUAACAGAAGGUUGGGACACGGCAGUGAAGCAGCUGAAGGAAGGGAAACCCGCUGCGACUGACGAGUGGAGGGGCAUGAGCCCUGAGCAGCUGAGUGCCAUCUACAAGGAAAGGGAGGAACAAUGCAUUGAGAGACAGAGACAGCGUGAUAUCGAGAAGAACCAGGAAGCAGCAUGGAACUCCCAGAUCCUGAAGGCAUCCGGAGAAGCCCGGCAGGAGGAAACAAGAACCUCGGAUCUAAGGCGAGCAAAGCGGAUCCAAGCAGACCAAUUCAACACGCAGCUGGCCAAAGAGCAGCAAGCACAUCAGCAGUACUUGAACAAGGAGCUGUACACCAACAAACCCACUCAGGAUUACUUUCGCCAAUUUAACACCACCUCUCGCUGA